CAUUUCUUGAAGAAUUCAUAGUCACCAAAUUCACUGUUGUUCUUCAAAUUUAGGUUUUGUAAAUCUGAAAUCCAAACACCCAAAUGGCUUCUUUAUCUUCUUCUUCAGUUUUUUCACCAAUUUGUACCUUUUUUUCUCAACCAAAACUGAAUCUUUACUGCAACUCUUCUUCUUCUUCUUCCUACAAACCCACUUGUAGUUCUUCCAAAUCUUCAUUUUUCCAAAAUGGGUUAUCUUUAUUAACAGCUAAAUCAUUUGGGUCUUCAUUGAAAUCUAAGAAUAUGGGCAAUACCAUCUAUGCUAGAGCUGCUACUGAGAAGACUAUUUACGACUUCACUGUUAAGGAUAUUGAUGGCAAAGAUGUUCCACUUAGCACAUUUAAGGGAAAGGUCCUUCUAAUUGUCAACGUUGCUUCCAGAUGUGGCUUGACGACUUCAAAUUACACAGAGCUCUCUCGUGUGUAUGAGAAGUAUAAAAAUCAAGGACUUGAGAUUCUUGCUUUUCCAUGUAAUCAGUUUGGGGCUCAAGAGCCAGGAUCAAAUCCGGAGAUUAAACAGUUUGCUUGCACACGUUUUAAAGCUGAAUUCCCAAUUUUUGACAAGGUCGACGUGAAUGGCCCAAACACGGCACCAGUUUACCAGUUCCUAAAAUCAAGUGCAGGAGGAUUUUUAGGUGAUCUGGUUAAGUGGAACUUUGAGAAGUUUCUUGUGGACAAAAAUGGUAAAGUUGUUGAGAGGUAUCCACCAACGACGUCACCUUUACAAAUCGAGAAAGAUAUUCAGAAACUUUUGGCAGCUUAAAUAAUGCUCAUGAGAAAAGGCUAUUUGUGCAAUUCAGCUAAAUAUAUAUAGUAGCUUCUCUUUAAACAGUUAUUCCCUCUGUUGCUAUUUAAUUGUCAUCGUUUUAGAUUUCACGUCAUUUAAGAAAUUAUGUAAGUUUAUCAUUAUAUUCUUACUUAGUGUUCUCUUAAA